GGGUUAGAGCUCUGGUAGAAGUAGGUGUUUUGUGUGGCCGAAUCCGGCGUUCGCUCUCCCUUUCCUCUUUUAGCGGGCGCUUUCCGUGCCUCCUUUUCCUCCUCCCCUGGUGCAGAUCAUCUGGUGAUCGCCUUGAGCCCGCGCUUUGCCCCCCGCACCAUCCCUGUGCUCAGACACAAAAGGACGUUUGGUCAGCUUCUUUGUUAGGACUUCAUGUCUGUAUUUUUCCCCAUUCACUGCCCUGAUUAUUUGAGAUCAGCUGACAUGACUGAGGUGAUGAGCGCUCCAUCUAUGGAUGAGAUUGGUCUAAGCCCUUGCAAAGAUGGCCUAUCUUAUCAGAUUUUCCCUGACCCUUCUGACUUUGAUCGCUACUGUAAGCUGAAGGACCGCCUUCCUUCCAUUGUGGUAGAGCCAACAGAAGGAGAUGUGGAGAGCGGAGAGCUAAGAUGGCCGCCUGAGGAGUUCCUGGUCCAGGAAGAAGAAGAAGAAAACUGUGAUGAAGCAAAGAAAGACAGCAAGGAGCAAUAAAUGGCACUGAGUCUUCUGUACUAAUUCAAAUGCUGUGUCAUCCUGAGGGGGAGAACCACAACUGUUCUGAAGAGUCUUUUUCUACAAAAGACAUUCAAUUUUGCACCUGCAAGAUCUUAGUUUUUGUUUUGUUUUUUCAUAUUCUCUAUUGAGAACUGAAGUGCUUGAUGUGACAAUCUCCAGCUGAAACUAAGGAAGAAAAAUGGCUGCUCUUCUUAAGAGUUACUGCUGAAUUUUGUUGAGGUUAUUAGGGUGCAGCAGUGAAAUAGCAGGGUGCUUUAGUGGAGGAUUAGCUAGGCAGGAAACCAUGUCAUAUGUGAGGCAGAAGAAGUGAAAGCCCAAGUGUAAAAUGCAGCUGCAUAUCUAAAAAGAUUUGCCUCUGGCUAUGAAACCACGAGAGUAGUAUUCAUCUCUAAAACUUGCCUUCAAAUAGUGCUUCUGUUGUGUGUGUGUGUGUGUUUGGGGGUUGGGAGGCAGGCAAGAUGGUAACAUGCCACUUAAAUGCUCCAGUGAUAUUACACCAUCACGCAGGUGUACCUGCUGAACAGUGUAGAGGAGCAGUGGUUGAAUAACUUCUCAUCCCAAAGUCACAUAAUUGCUGUAGGAAUUAUGGUGCUUGGCAUUGGCUUGCCAGCCUGUUAUACAAAAGCUAUCUUUCUCCCAGCCCCAUCACUCCAGUUUUUGUUCUUCAAGAACCUCCACAAUGCUGAGGUGCUUUGGAUGGUCGAGCACCAGUUUUAAAAAUGGCACUUGGCCAUGUAGCACUAGCCUUAUUUGUCUGGCACAAGACAACAGGCAAGUUGCAAUGGUGUGUGUGGGGGGAAAAUAAAGUGGAGAUCUUGCCAUAAGAAUAACUUCAAGUAUAUAUUUCUUUUUUGCCAUCGUAACUGCUAUCAGUUCUCCAAGUCAAUAAGAUAUCUGGUGGCAGAGAGAGACCAGCUUUUCCGAUGGCAUUGAAGCUGUAUGGUUUGACUAUGUGGCAAAUGCCAGAUUAAGGGCUUGCUUUAUGGGAGCCAACCAGGCCAUCUGAUAAGGGUGCAAAAACAGCUCUGGAGCUUCUGUGAAAGCAGGAUGACAAAUGUGAUCAUUGGAGGAAAGCAGGUCUUCUCUUCCGAAACAAUAAAAUAGUAUUAUGGUCUCAGUGUUGUGGAAAAAAUAAAGUGCUUUUUCAACAUAUCUAUAGAAUUUCUUCAAGAUAUAAAUUCUCAAUAAUAAACUUCUCUUUUGCUGUCCUGUUUAACUUUUCCUGAGAGAGGAAGAAAUUUUUUCAGGGUAAGCUAAUUUGCAGCUUUCUAGGAGAAAGCAUCUCUUGGCUUGGAUAAGUCCUGGCUCAUGUCAGAGGAUUGGCUAGGGAAAGGACCAUUCUGAGCAAUGGAAUACUUUGGAUUUCCAUCAAUUCUGGAGGAACUAAAGCAGAAAUCCCACCAGUGAUGCAUAUUUUUGAUGGCCUUGACAGGAUAGUCAAAAUAAUUUGUAGUCUCCCAUGUUCCUUGCUCAUUAGCUCUGGUUUUGGGGGGGUUUAAAGAAAUGUUGGGCCUUUGUAUAUAUUUGUAUUUGAUACCUCAUGAGUAGUAAAAACGCUGGCAGUGGGAUAGGGGGUUUGCUUGUUUAAAAAUCUGCAGGAUUAUUUUUCAGUCUUGUCUUGCUUGUGUUUUUGACAUAAUGGCAAUAACUUUUUAACAGUUGUGAGUCACUGUUACAUGUGGGUGUGAGGUUGCAGAUUUCUCCUGUCUAAGUUGUUUGUCUCUCUUCCCUCCCCCCCCCCUUUUUGUUAAUAUAGUGUGGGGGAUAUAGUUGGUGUUUUUGCUUUUCUUUUGGCAGCCAAGAACCUGCCAGUCACACAUGUGCUUACCUGUCUUGGUGGAUGGUUUUGUCCUCACUGAAACCUGUCUUGUGUCAUUACCUAGCCAAGGUUGCUUUAAAAUCAGUGGAUCCAAAUGUUUUUCAGUCUUGUAUCCUGGACACCUGUUCUUGUCUUGCUGUUCAGUAGAACAAGCCUUUACACCUGCACACCAGCCUAAAUCUUUCAAUUACUUUAGUUGCUUUUGGAUUUUGUCCCCAAGCUUUGAAAUUGUCCAAUGUUAAUCCACUUGGAAAAGCAAAAAUCCUUAUGCUUAAGAGUGGAAAUGCUGUUUGUCUUGAAAUAUAUUUGCAUAUCCUUUUCUGCCUCUCCUUUUGUUGUUGAUGCUUGUAUGUCUGUCAUUGUUUGAAUGUGUCUGAAGAACAAAGCACUCCUGUUGAACUUCUGUAUAUUACAUUCUGUAUUUCUGUAAUUCUUUUUUGAGGCUCAGGGAAAAAGCUAGCAUUUUUUUCAAACUACUUUUGUCACUGUGACAGUUGUAAAUAAAGUUUGAAAAUGCUUUCCAAA